UCUUUAAAGCAAACCCACGCAAAAAAAGAAGGAAAGGAAAAGGAACAGUAUGAUCUGUUUUGUUUCGAUAAGAAACCGAAUCGCCAACCAUACAAAAAAUAAGAAGAGGCCUGCCUUCCAGUUUCCAUUAUAUCAUAUAGUCUCAAGCUUUCCAUUCCCACGACAAACCUAAUAAAACCAAAGCCGGCAAAGUCUGAAAAGUGUUAGUGAGCAUUGCUGGAAAAACUAAAAGAGAAGGUUUUAAUUGCUCUGCUGUUCCUCUUCGAUGGAAUCAAGGAGGGACCUGCGGACUCUCAUUGAGAGAGCAUGGGGUUUGCAUGAUGGGCUCGCUGAAGAAAUCAAAAACAUUAACAUCUACUUCUGCAGGUUCUGUUCAGAACAUGGUCGUUAUUAUAGCAUAGUGGAGACCCCAUUUCAGGAGAAGGAAGGAUUGAUUGCCAUUAAGGAUUCAUUGAAGGAAGUAGGGAACGUGCUUAUGAUUUUACAGAGAUUACGAUCAUGGCAACCGAUUGAUAGGCAAGAGGCAAUUACACGAUUAGAAGGAAGCUGGUUAAUUCUCAUGGAAAAGGUGGCACAAUAUCAAGGAAGACCACUUGCUGUGGUGGAAGAAUUGAACGCCUGUUUUAGCAAUGGAAAGACUGUUUUUGACUGGAAGUUGAGUGAGAAAAGGAAGAUCAAAGGUGAUGGUUCCAAUGUUCAAGAGGAAAAGAGGAUGGCAACUGCAGGUUUUGUUGUUUGUUGGAUUAGAAUGUUAUUCAACCAGUGGAGGUGGCAAAAAGCUAUUGGAGUUGCAGCAAAACUGAUUUUGGUUUCAACUAGCGUUUCAUCUACAGUAAAAUUCUGCCAUUGCAGGCUACAUUGUUGCAGUUCGCAAAGGAAAGUUGUUUCAUUGGUUGAACCAGUAUAUUCAAGAACAAAAGAAAACAGUACAGCAUUAUCCCCCUCAAACAGUCCUCUAGAUGUUUUUUAUGGCAGGGGAUGAUUUUAUUAUGCUUAAUUCGGUUAACCACUACUCGAUUCAACCUCAAUAGUAUAUGAUUUUAUCUCCUUAGAAUCGAACAGAAAGUAAAACUUCGUAUAGGAUCAAUUUCAUGGAUCACGUUGUUGUGCUUAUUGCACAUUCCACUUUUAUGCAUUCUGAAAUUGCUUUAC